AUGCAUGAAAUCCAUGUUUUGUUAGUUGAUCAUGACGCAGAAGCCCUAAACAUAGCAAAACAGCUCGAAAUGUGGCAGUAUAAAGUGAGUUGUGCUGAACUUGCUUCUCCUGCUAUACCGAUGCUUGCAAAUGCGAAAUUCGAUGUUGUGAUGGCAAACAUCAACUCUCCUGAUCCCCAUGGAUUUAAGCUACUUCUACAACAUGCACUCAACAUGUGGAUGGCCGAUGAUAAUGCGUUCGUGGCGAUGAGGGCCCUCGAAAAUGGAGCAUUCCUUUGCAUCAAGAAGCCUCCACCAAUGGAGUUUCUCAGAAGCCUAUGGCAACAUGUUAUGAGGGAGAAGGGCAAAUUUAAGACUCGGAGUAGAGGUAGAUAUGACGAUUACGACGGAGAGUAUGAUUCAGAUAACAAUAUUAUGAGCCAAAAUGGUAAUGUGAGGAGAAAGAUGUGUACCGAGUGGACUCAAGAGCUGCACGCCAAGUUCAUGAAUGCAGUCGAACAACUUGGUGAAGGAAGUACUGGUGGAUUGAUUGAGUUCAUUUAUAGGGUGUUUCCCAAAAGAGAUCUUAGAGUUGAUGAACGAGCCCGGCUUAACCAGAAUGCAAGUCGCAAGCCAUCUCCAAGUUUGUUUCUCUUCUAUUUGUAG